GGUGAACAAGCGCGGACCGCAACGCAGCCAAAGCCAGCAACAAUUUGAAUAAACAAUCAACAAAAUUGUAUGUUUGCCUAAACGCGCGCAGAGUGUAACGUUGGAAUAAAACUCGCUGUCAACGUCACUGCAACAAGAACAACCCUCGCGUCGCGUAAUAAUAAAAACGAAAACAGUUGUUUGUCUUCUUCAGCAGCGCUGGUGGUGGUGCUGGCCGCAGAGCAGCGAUGCAGCAGCUACAACAAAAUCAAAAUUAACCGUUUUCGUUGUUUUUUGCGCGUAAAAACACUAAAGUUUAAAUUUAGAGUCUGCAGCAAUCUAUUAAUAAACAAAAACGCAACUGCCUCGAUAAAGCUAUAUAUCUCGCAGAUAUACCCCACACAUACAUACAUACAUAUUUAUAUGUAUAUAUACGUCUACAGCUCGGCAAUACCAAAGUAGAAGAAGCACAAGAAUAAGAAGAGGAAGAAGCAGCAGCUGAAGCUGAAGCAGAAGCAGAAGACGAUCCACGAGAAAAGAACACAAAAGGCGCAUUUGUUGUUGCUCUCUAGUUACCAAUUUUGGUAUCUAAUGCAAUUUUCGUAUUGAAUUUUGUUGUUGCAAUUGGUUCGAGUUGGCAACAAAUUCUGUAAUUUUUUUCUUCCUGUAGUUGUUGUUGCUUUUUUUUUUUUUUUGUUUGAUUGUUUGUUGUUUCCUGUUCUAUCCACGAGACGCGAACCAGUUGUGUUGUGUUCCAGUUGGAUACAAAGACAAAGUAAACCGCAACACUUAACCGAUUCGAAUCGGGUACAAAAACAAAACACAGCUCAGCUCGUACAAUAUUUAAAAGGCACAAAUAACAGUGUUAACAAUGUUCAGUCCGGAGUUCGAGAAGCGCAUCCUGAAGCAUAUCAGUCCCGUGGCCAGAAAUCUAUUUGAUAAUCUGGAAUCGUCGACGACGCCAACAUCGCUGGAUCGUUUCAUACCCUGCAGGGCGCACAACAAUUGGCAAACGAGCUUUGCGUCCAUUAACAAGUCGAAUGAUAACUCGCCGCAGACGAGCAAGAAGCAGAGGGAUUGCGGCGAAACGGCACGCGAUAGUCUGGCCUAUUCGUGCCUGCUGAAGAACGAGCUCCUUGGCUCGGCCAUAGACGAUGUGAAGACCGCCGGGGAGGAGCGCAACGAGAACUCAUAUACGCCGGCGGCCAAGCGCAGCCUCUUCAAAUAUCAAUCACCCACCAAGCAGGACUACAAUGGGGAGUGCCCGUACUCGCUGUCGCCGGUGAGCGCCAAGAGCCAAAAACUAUUGAGAUCGCCACGCAAAGCGACCCGUAAGAUAUCAAGAAUACCCUUUAAGGUAUUGGAUGCACCGGAGCUGCAGGAUGAUUUCUAUUUAAAUCUGGUCGAUUGGUCAUCACAGAACGUGCUUGCCGUCGGCCUCGGCAGCUGUGUCUAUCUGUGGAGCGCCUGCACCAGUCAGGUAACCCGCCUGUGCGAUCUCAGUCCAGACUCUAAUACGGUCACAUCUGUGUCAUGGAACGAACGUGGCAAUACCGUCGCUGUGGGCACACAUCACGGCUACGUCACAGUUUGGGACGUGGCAGCCAAUAAGCAGAUCAAUAAACUGAACGGCCAUUCGGCCCGCGUGGGUGCACUGGCCUGGAAUAGUGACAUUCUGUCAAGCGGUUCGAGAGAUCGCUGGAUCAUACAACGGGACACAAGAACGCCGCAGCUACAGUCGGAACGUCGUCUGGCUGGGCAUCGUCAGGAGGUGUGCGGGUUGAAAUGGUCGCCGGAUAAUCAGUAUUUGGCCAGCGGCGGCAACGAUAAUCGCCUGUACGUAUGGAAUCAGCAUUCGGUGAAUCCGGUGCAAUCGUAUACGGAGCAUAUGGCCGCGGUGAAAGCAAUCGCCUGGUCGCCACAUCAUCACGGCCUGCUGGCCAGCGGCGGCGGCACAGCGGAUCGCUGCAUACGCUUCUGGAACACGCUGACGGGCCAGCCCAUGCAGUGCGUGGACACAGGCUCGCAGGUGUGCAAUCUGGCCUGGUCAAAGCACUCAUCGGAGCUGGUCUCCACGCACGGCUAUUCGCAGAACCAAAUACUCGUCUGGAAAUAUCCAUCGCUGACGCAGGUGGCCAAGCUAACCGGUCACUCCUAUCGUGUCCUCUAUUUGGCGCUAAGUCCCGACGGUGAGGCGAUUGUCACCGGUGCCGGUGACGAGACGUUGCGCUUCUGGAAUGUGUUUAGCAAGGCGCGCAGCCAGAAGGAGAACAAGUCUGUGCUCAAUCUGUUUGCCAAUAUCAGAUAGAUUGGAUGGCGACACACGGCCACAGAUGGGGGCACGCCCCAACAGUCGAGCGUGCGUUGACUGAACGAGGCGCCAAAGGCAACCAACCAACCAACCAAGCAACCAAUCAGCCAAUCAGCCAAUCAAUCAAUCAAUCAAUCUAUCAAUCUUCAAACUGGGGGCUAAAGACGCAUCCACAUAGGGCACUAUGUGAAUAUGUGUUGAUUUAACAAUAUUUACUAAAUUUAUGUUAAACUUUAUUGUCGAUACUGUUCGAUGCUUCUCUAUGUGUAAGUUUUGGGCCGGGGCAAACUUCUGGUGAGAAUUGUGGUUCAACUUCUAAGCAAAAAAAAAAAAAAACAACAACAAAUACAACAAAAUUUCAGUCAGUGCAGCGCUAAACCAUAUUUAAAAGAAUAAUCAAGCUUAUAACUUAGUCAAAGUAUCCUUCUACACCCCACACACACCACACACACAAACUCCGGAUGCAUCCGGAAUACUUACAAUAAGUCCAAAAUAUUGUUUAUAUUUAAGUAUAUAACUAUAGUGUUUAUUUAGCCGCACUGCAUUAAGUAAUUCGGUACAUUGAUGUAAUUGUAAUUCUAAUCCAAGAACCAGAACUGAAAAAGGGUUUAAGUUAAGCCAAAUGCUAAAAAUCCUAAUCUUAACUAAUUGAAAUCUAUAUAUAUGCAUACAUACAUGUAUAUACAUGUAUACAUACCAUU